AUGACCAAGCCCAUCACUGUCUGGCUGACGCCCCCUGGACCGAACCCAUGGAAGGUUAUUACUAUCCUAGAAGAGCUGCAGGUUCCAUACGUUAUACAUUCUUUCAAGUUCGAUGAUGUGAAGAAACCCCCCUUCAUAGACAUUAACCCCAACGGUCGAGUCCCGGCAAUCGUCGACCCCAACACCAAUUUAUUGCUAUGGGAGUCAGGCGCUAUCAUUCAAUACUUGGAGGAAGUGUACGACACCGACAAUAAGCUCACCUAUGACUCGCUCAACGAGAAGCAUCUUCUGAACCAGUAUCUGCACUUUCAGAUGAGCGGACAGGGCCCAUACUUCGGGCAGUGCGGAUGGUUCAACGCCCUACAUUCUGAGAAACUCCCUUCCGCCAUUGAUCGAUAUGUCAAAGAGGAUCACCGUUUGCUGGGCGUUCUCAAUACAGUCCUUGAAGACAAAACGUGGCUCGUCGGGGAUAAAUGUACAUUCGCUGACUUGGCCUUUCUCCCGUGGAAUACUCGCCUUGACAUGGCCCUUCUUACCCCGCCCGGGGAGGAUCCCUUGGCCCCAUACCCAAAUGUUCAGGCAUGGCAGAAGCGCAUGGAAAGCAGGGCCUCAUGGAAGAAAGUCUUGGAGGUUCGGUCGAAGCUCAUGGAUGAGCAGGGAUUGCAACCAAAUGGCAUACCGAAGGGUAUCAAGACCUUUCAAGAGUACGAAGAGCACAUAGCCAGUGCCAAUGAGGCGAAAAAGUAA